AUGGCCUGCUGCCUUUUGUACCGUGGUGACGUCGUUCCCAAAGACGUGAACGCUGCCAUUGCCAACAUCAAAACCAAGCGCUCCAUCCAGUUUGUGGACUGGUGCCCCACUGGUUUCAAGGUGGGCAUCAACUACCAGCCGCCCACUGUGGUUCCUGGUGGAGACCUGGCCAAGGUGCAGAGGGCUUUGUGCAUGCUGAGCAACACCACUGCUAUUGCAGAGGCCUGGGCUCGGCUGGACCACAAGUUUGAUCUGAUGUACGCUAAGCGUGCCUUUGUGCACUGGUAUGUGGGUGAGGGUAUGGAGGAGGGAGAGUUCUCUGAGGCCAGAGAGGACAUGGCCGCUCUGGAGAAAGAUUACGAGGAGGUUGGAGCUGAUAGUCAGGGAGAUGAUGAUGAGGAAGGAGAGGAGUAUUAG